UUCUUCUUCUUCUUCUCCCCAUCUGAGCUCCGACCAAGCGAACUCGACCUUUGAUCCUUCCGGAAGGUUCGAUUCCGGCAUCGGUUCGGUGCUACGAGCAAUGGCGAUGGCGAGUAUCGCGAGGAGGAAGGCUUCGCACUUCCUCAAUUGCACCUCCGGGGCGCUCAGGUACUCCUACUCCUUGACCUCCUCCUCUCGGAGCUUCGCCUCGGGAUCUGACGACAACGACGUCGUCGUCAUCGGCGGAGGCCCCGGCGGUUACGUGGCGGCGAUCAAGGCAGCUCAGCUAGGGCUCAAAACCACUUGCAUCGAGAAGCGCGGCGCCCUCGGCGGGACUUGCCUCAACGUCGGCUGUAUUCCUUCGAAGGCACUGCUUCAUUCCUCGCACAUGUAUCAUGAAGCGAAGCAUUCUUUCGCCAGCCAUGGUGUGAAAUUCCCGUCUGUUGAGGUUGAUUUACCUGCCAUGAUGGCCCAAAAGGACAAAGCUGUGUCCGGUUUGACCAAAGGUAUUGAAGGUCUGUUCAAGAAAAAUAAAGUGACCUAUGUUAAAGGGUAUGGAAAGUUUAUCUCCCCCUCAGAGGUCUCAGUAGACACCAUUGAUGGUGGCAAUACAGUUGUUAAGGGCAAGAACAUAAUAGUUGCCACUGGCUCUGACGUGAAAUCUUUACCGGGGAUAACCAUUGAUGAAAAGAGAAUAGUCUCUUCAACUGGAGCCUUAGCUUUGUCAGAAAUUCCAAAAAAGCUGGUGGUGAUUGGAGCAGGUUACAUAGGCCUAGAGAUGGGUUCCGUGUGGGGUCGACUAGGAUCAGAGGUGACGGUAGUUGAGUUUGCACCAGAUAUUGUGCCUUCUAUGGAUGGGGAAAUCCGGAAGCAAUUUCAACGUGCGCUUGAGAAACAGAAGAUGAAGUUCAUGCUCAAGACCAAAGUUCUCGGAGUUGACACAUCUGGAGACAUUGUAAAGUUGACCCUCGAGCCAGCAGCCGGUGGCGCACAGACAACCCUUGAAGCUGAUGUUGUUCUUGUUUCUGCUGGUAGAACUCCAUUUACAGCAGAACUUGGGCUGGAAAAGAUAGGAGUGGAGACCGACAAGGCUGGAAGGAUACUAGUCAAUGACCGAUUCUCUACAAAUGUGCCCGGUGUCUAUGCAAUUGGAGAUGUAAUUCCAGGCCCAAUGCUGGCUCACAAAGCAGAAGAGGAUGGGGUUGCUUGUGUAGAGUUCAUAGCCGGUAAAGUUGGCCAUGUGGACUAUGACAAGGUCCCUGGUGUUGUAUACACACAUCCUGAGGUUGCAUCUGUUGGAAAGACUGAGGAGCAGGUGAAGGCACUUGGUGUUGAUUACCGUGUUGGGAAAUUCCCUUUCUUGGCUAAUAGCAGGGCCAAGGCGAUUGAUGAUGCGGAAGGGAUAGUCAAGAUUCUGGCUGACAAGGAGACAGACAAGAUAUUGGGAGUUCAUAUCAUGGCACCAAAUGCUGGCGAACUCAUUCAUGAGGCAGUGUUAGCCUUAGCAUAUGAUGCUGCCAGCGAGGACAUUGCACGCGUGUGCCAUGCACACCCGACGAUGAGUGAGGCAUUGAAGGAAGCUGCCAUGGCAACUUAUGACAAGCCCAUUCACAUCUAGAUUUCUGGAUUUACGUUCACUGCAUUUUCGAUUUUGAAAUCUCUGGCUGAACACUUCCUGUUUCUUGUCUACAUUAUUUGGAAGAGUCCGAGUGUCCAAAGAGAAGUUUGUCGUCAUCUUCUGUCUGCAAUAACAGAAUGACCUUGUUGCGUUUUUGCUAUCAAUGUUCAUAAACACUUUAGCAG